AUGCUGGUGAAAAGCAAACCCGAGUGGCCACCAGCACUAUGUGAUCAAAAGCUAAGUUGUUGUUAUUCAACUACUGGAAAGCCAACACUUGACUUUGGCGUUCAUGGACUUCGACCAAAUUACGACAAUGGCUCCUAUCCAUCAAGUUGUGAUAACACAAACCUCUAUGAUGAAACAGAGAUCAAAGACCUGAUAAGUAGCAUGCAAGAGAACUGGCCAACGCUAGCCUGUCUAAGAAAUAAAGGAACAAAAUUCUGGUCACACGAAUGGCACAAACAUGUUACCUGUUCCCUUUCUACUCUAGAUGAGCAUUCUUACUUCAAAGCAGCUCUGACCAUUAAGGAGAAGGUGAAUAUUCUUUCUGUUCUUAAGGAUGCAAGAAUUGAGCCAGGAGGCUUUUAUAGCUUGGAAAUAAUCAAGGAAGCUGUAAAGAAAGGAACUGGACAUGAAGCAGCAAUAGAAUGCAAUAAGGAUGCCCUUAGUAACAACUAA